AUGUAUAUUUUCUUUUUUAAAUGUGUCCUUUUCCCUUUUUUUUUUUUUUUUCUUUUUUCCCUGUUAAUCGAACUCCAAUGAUACGACCACAGAAUAAAAUUGAAAAAAAAAAACAGUAGAAGUUCCUUCCCCUCUAAUCAAGCGACUUGCUCUUUGUCUUUCUCAAUUUCUCCAUUAGCUUCUCAAACCCCCUUUUUCGUAUUCUCCCUUUUUUUUUUUUAAAUGAUCCCUAAGAUUUUCCCUUGUUGUACUCACUCCCAUUUCUUGAAUUGGAUAUAACCCUUCAAGAUUUUCCACCAUAAAUAUCUAAUUUUUUUGCUCAAAGAUCUAAUCUUUUUUUUCAAGAAAAGAAAUGGGUGUUGGAAACUGGGUAUAAUUAUUAGCAUUUUCCACUUUACAUGUAAUUUUUUUGCUCAAAAAUCUAAUAUUUUGUUCAAAAGUCUAAAUCUUUUUGCUCAAAAAUAUAAUCUUUUGAUCAAGAAAAGAAAUGGGUGUUGGAAUAUCUGUGUUAAUAGGUCUAAAAUCAGUAACUUUAUUCAUAUUAUUUGCAACUAUCAAGAAUUAUGGGUACACAUUAUUGUCAUUACCAUUUUUAUAUGCAGCAUUAGUAUCAUUCUUGGUAGCACUUGCUUCUAAUCCAUCAAUUAAUCUUCCAAUUUUGUUGGGAAAAAGUUCAGAUGGGACUUUUCCAAUUUGGUCACUUGUUAUGUUUAGUCCUUAUUUGUAUUUUGUUAGAGGGUUUUCGGCAUUAAGAAGAAUGAGUAGUGGUGAACCUCCAUAUAGUGAGAUUUGUGAAGGGUUGUAUGUUGGAGGUUGGCCUUGUUCUAUUGAUAAAUUGCCAAGUGGUAAUCCUGCUAUUAUUGAUUGUACUUGUGAGAUGCCUAGGAUGUUGGAGUUUACUGGAAAUAGUGCUUUUUUGUGUGUACCUACUUGGGAUACUAGGUCACCUAUGCCUGCUGAUAUUGAGGUUGCUGUUAAGUGGGCUUGUAGAAAAAGAGCUCAGAAGAUACCUGUUUUCAUUCACUGUGCUUAUGGUCAUGGAAGGAGUGUUGCAGUCGCGUGUGCACUUUUGGUAGCUCUUGGUCUAGCAGAAGACUGGAAAAAUGCUGAGAAGUUGAUCAAACAAAAGCGGCCAUAUAUACGAAUGAAUGCUCUGCAUCGUAAAGCUUUGGAGGAAUGGUCGAAGGAUCGACUCUCUUCUCCUAAAGUUGGAGUUAGUUCUGUGAUUCUAUCGAGUGCUAUCGAUCGAUCCUGAUCGAUUUUCUGCAGUUGCCAGAACAAUUGACUAUAGAUGACUGGCUGUUUGUCUAACUUUAUACAUACUACUUAUUGAUUGAGAUUUUUGGUUCUUUUUAUUUAGUAGAAGCUUGCUUUCCUGAUAUACUGUUAGAAAUGUUUGAUAUCAGCAUGCACCAGCUGAUUGUGUUGACACAAGAGAUCUAAACUAUUUUAAAGUCUUAAGCAUGUACAGAAUCUGUAUUUUUUGUGUAUCAAGAUUCAACAACA